UUUUGUUGUUUUAUAAACACGCUUCAAGAAGCAGUUGAAUGGAAAACGACAGCAUUUCAGAUUCAGAACGGCACAACGGCGAACAAAAGGCAAUGGAGGAUCAGAACGAUAGUUUGAGAGAAUUUAUAGCUACUGAAUGUAAAGAACAACUCCAAAAACAAGGAAAUGAUGAUGGUAUUGAUGCAGAAAGAAUGAACCAGUUUUUCCAGCGUGCUAUAUCAGAAAGUGAAAGAAUGAAUGCCGAAGUAUCAAAGUGUCAUGCAAAACAACAAAAACUAUAUGAUGAACUUGGAAAACAUAUGUUUGAGAGCUGGUCUAAAGACCAUGCUUCUGAAGUUUUGACCACUGAACAGUACCAGUCUUGGUUGAAUCAUGAAAAAGAACAUGCCAGAAUCUUACAGGAAAAAAUGAACUUUGAGCAAAGCAGCAAAGAUGACUCUUGUAGAUAACUUUCUAGUUUUCUUAAAUAAAAUAUAAAAGUAGAAACUCAAAAUAAUACCUGAACAAUAUGUUUCCAUAUGUUACUGAUCUUAUGUAACUGUUUCAGUCUAAAAGUUGUUCAUUGUCUCAAAUGCAAUCUUAUAAGUUUGCAACAACAAUAUAUUUUGUAUUAUCAAGUUGUUGAUAGUUCAAAGGAAGGGGUGGGGAAUGGUUCAACAGGAUUUUUAGGGACAAUGAGAUCAAGGUGGAGAUUGAGACUAACUAUAUGUGAGACGUCCAAAAACUGAAUUCAAGAUAUUUUACAUUUUCUGAGAAUGAAAUAUAACAUAGAGUAAUAUAUCAGCCCUA